AUGCUUGAAGAUGCCUCGAAUAGCGUUUCUUUGAGGGCCAAAGCGUUGAGGAAGCUCUCGCAGUUUUAUAUGGAUCCGCCUUCUCCAAAGGAUGUUCUUAACCCAGGUUUAGAUGCUAUCACUCAUUCUUUGCCAAUUUUUUACUCUACGAAUAGCUCCAAGAUCUAUACCAUACCCUUGACCUUGAGUGAAUGGGAGAUUAUAUCGUCGUUAAGUUCAACAAUCCCAAACAAUGUGAAACAUGCAGAGAAAUUACUUUAUGAUGUUGUAUCGUUGUAUUUCCUAGAAGCGCCAAGACAAAGAAUUAGUGACGUUCUUUUAGCAAAAUUCAGGAUAUAUGACUUCAAAAACCCAAGUGCAGUGUUGACUUUUGAAUUAACUAAAUUUUUAAUCACAAUAUCUAACAAGUUUCCAGAAUUAUCUGUCAAAUGUGCGAAUUUGAUUGAAGAUUAUCUUCUAACCGUCAAAAAACUAUUUUUGUCGAAGCAAUCAAGUUUGUUUUCAUUACUUGGUUUUAUAGAUGCUUUUAUUGAUGAUAAUUCGGCUUCAUCUCUCAUGCAAUUUGUUUGGAAUAAGCUGUCAAAUUUGUUUUCUCACGAUUCCUUCAUUGUUCAAAUAGAAACUUUGUUAUCCUCUUCGACAUCAUUUGCCAAUGAUGCAAUUGUGCAGUAUUUUGAUGCAGGUGUGGAAAUUUCUGGGCCUUUAUUUAUAGAAAGACUAGCAACAUUCCAAGUAUGUCUGGUUUCAAAAUUGUUACAAUUACCAAGUAAUUCGACAUUAUUAGCAGAAUACUUGUUGAAUGAACAAUGUAGCAUGUAUAACCACCAACAGGAACCAAUAUCUUCUGAAAAAUCUUUAACUGUUAAUGGCUCUUCUGUACCCCUUAUGACAGACUUCUUAUGCAAAGUCCAAGAUUCAGUACCAUUUUUUGUGGAUAUGAGUAAAUUUUCUCUAUCAUUAUAUUUGAGUAUUGAAACGUCAUGUAAUCUUUCUAGUGAUAGUCGUGCUAAAUACUCAUUCAAUGCCAGAGCUAAACUGUUGGAACUACUGUGUAUUAUUCCAUUCCUGGAUGAAAAAAGUUCAGAACUCUUUACACAUUUUGUGGAAACUACUAGGCAAGCAAUGGAAUAUUAUUUACUCUCAGAUGUGAUCACCCCUAAAUUGACUAAAAGUAUUGUCGCAGCAGCAUCUUUAUUGAAUUUCUUCACAGAAGAACUAUCAGAACUUUUAUUACGUGACUUUUCCCUAUUGGUUGGUUCUAUCCAUAUGACUCAAUCCGCAAUAGUUGACAUAUCUGAAAUAUUCACCAUAAGUUUGCAGCCAUUAAAUGAGGACGCUAUUGUAAGCACAAUAUAUUCUAUUAAUAACGUGUUGACGUCCAUUGAUGAUGGUACAAGCCCCAAUGUGAUGAUGAGAGGUCGUCAACUUACAAUGACGUCCAAUAACUCUGGUUCGCUUUUGAAGCUGGAAACAUCGGGCAAUGCCACCAAUGGCCCUAAAAAUACCGAUGGUAAACGUUCAAGAUCUGUCCCAAAGAGUGGACAGCAUACUUCCCAGAACGAGGCUCUCUUGGAAAAUUGUGUCUCCGCCAUUGCCACAAUUGCUACCCAUUAUAAGAACCAAACUAUAACAGCCUUAACGGUAUCCAUUUUGACUCAGAAGGUCACUACGGGAUCCAAAUUUUUAAACAAGGUUAUUCUCAAUUCGCUGGCAAGACUUGUUCCGUCCAUGUCCUUGAAUGAAUUUUCCUUAUUAACCAAGUUUAUGAAGGUGACAAAAGCGAUGGCAGAUAAACAACAUGAUGGAGACCUGGCCACUGCAAUACUUGCCUCAAAAAAUAUAAUUUCGGAGGAAUUACUGAUUAAAAAUUUUAAUUCAAGCUUAUAUAAAUCUCACCUAAGUGGAUUAUUGGAAUCAAUUAUCGCAAGCGGUGAAGUAGACAGGUUGGACCAUCAUAGACCUCACAUGGAAAUAUCUCGUGUUGCAGAACAAAUCAUUCCCUAUUUACCACCACUGGCCUCUCUGUUGCCCCAACCAGGAAGUACGCCUCUGGAUCUAUCGUGUGAUGAAGAGAUCACUAAUUUAUUCAGAAAUAUGUGGUUCAAUCUUGUUAUACAUGGAUUUUACUAUAACUCUGACCUUGUAAAAGAAAAUUUCAACAAUUUAGUGAUCAUUGCGUACAAUAGUCCUCCAUUAGCGUCUGAUUUCCCUGCCAACAAUAAAGAAAUGUCUUUAGAGAUGAAUACUGUUUUAUCACGUGGAACUUCAAACUCGAAUGUCAAAGCACAAAAGCAGCUGGUACAGGAAUAUUUAAACAUUAAUGCUGUACAGUCAAGGACUACUUCAAAUUCUAAAAUCAUGUUUUUAGCAGCAACAUUACUGCUGGAAUCCAUCAGAUGUGAAGCUGGUGACUGCUCCAAAAUCCUAUUAUACUUAUCGGAUCCUUCUUUAAGCUCCAGUACUACAGAAAAAUCUCUUGUAGCUAUUGCGCUAUCGAAAAUUAGUGAAUACAUUAAAAUGACAAACUCUGGGAAUGCUAAAAUUUUCAACGCCAAAUUGAUUGCUGAGCAAUUGAACAAUAUUUUCCUAUGUUUGGUACAUAGGGUUCCAUCAUUGCAAGAUGCAGCUUUCCAGUGCUGUGAGUUUUUUAUUAAAUCCAUUCCAUCCUCUUUAUGUCAUCAUACAUCAUUAUUCACUCUUUUAGAUUUGAUGACAACAAUGUUUGAUAGUAUUGUUGAUUGUGAGACCAAUAGAUUUGAGCCACAUUAUGAAUUUAAAUUAAAACAUUCAGCAACACAGGUUGUUUUCCCGGCUUCUAAAGAGUGGCGUGCUUCGACCUUAUCAAGGUUACAUAAAGCAGCGAAGGGGUGGGUCACUUUUGUUCUUAAUAGAUCAAAUGAGGAUACAAAAAUUUUAUUACAAUCCUAUAUCUCUGACAUAAGUCAGUUCAAUAGAAAAAAUAAUGUAGAAUUUGGUGUUUCUUUUGCAAUACAGAUGGCUGGCUCUAUUAUUUCAGCAGAUAAAGAAUUGUCAAGAAUUACUUACAAUGGACCUGAAAGACCAAACACGAUAUCGGGCUUUAUUUCACAACAUUCUUGGAGGUCCAAGUAUCUUGUCGACACCGCCAUUUCUUCCUCUCCAGAAAGUAUAUCGCAAGAACUGGAAGAACUUCGGGAUGCUAUGAAGAUGAGGUUGAAAACGAAAGAGUAUGUACCCGACAAAACCAUAAUUGACUUUUUGGAUCUGUCUGUAGCUAUGCUUAUCUUAGGUGGUGCAGAUUAUUCCUACCUCAUUUAUGAUAUCGUUCACGUUCCUUUUGAAGUCUUUACCUCACCCACAUUAAAAACUGCAACAAAUAUUUGGCUUACAAUAAUAAAAGAAAGGCCUGAACUUUCCCAUAAUCUGCUGGUUGAAGUAAGUUAUUGUUGGAUGCGUUCCAUUGAUGAAAAUAGAGGAUUAUAUUGUCGAGAAUCUGACUUGACCGAUGUUGAAUAUCAAAUGAUGGAAUAUACGCCAUAUAACAAGAAAGCCAUUAAUAGAGAUGCGAGAACUGCUUCAAAAUCCUUACAGCCACACAGACACAUAAUUAAAUUUUUUACUUCCCACUUUCAAGGAACAUUAUUCCAAAGUAAAUAUCUAUUAAAAAUUUUCACUCAAACUGCAUUAUAUGGUAUUUCCAACUUGAAAAAGGCCUCUUUGCAUCCUUUUGCCAGGAUGAUUAGGAAUGAACUGUUAGUUUUUGGACUAAAUGUGUUAACUGCGAAUUUCAAGCAGAAUAGUCGGUACGUCGAUAAACUAGGCAAAGAAAUCAUAGCAGGGGGGUUAUCGUGGUUCAAAAAUCCAGUAUCCUGGCCCUUUGGUUCAAAUGAGCUAAAAGUGAGGACUGAUCUAUCCAUCAUGCUAGAUCUGUAUUCCAAAUUAGACAGCAUGUCGAAGCUUAUGAUACAGAUUACAGGUAAGGAAUUUGCGCUCUUCAAAUAUUUCCUGGCAAGUGAAAUUCAACAGAUCGAGACGUGGCUAGCUCCAUUAUCUAAGAUAAGCGGGGCAGAUAGUAAUGAGUUGCCCUCCGAUAUGUUGGGUGUUGCAUUUAACAAUGAUCCACGUUUAGCAGUCAACAUUGUUCAAAGAUAUUCAAGCAAAAAGUUACGCCAAGCACUGAUUUCACUGGUUUCUCAAAAGCCAUUGUUAUGUGCUGGUGUUCCUAGAGCUCUUGACAGUUUUUUAAUAGGUAUGGCUAAUAGCUCGACCAAAACUGCCCUACAUGCGGUUCUUUAUUGGGCGCCUGUUAGCCCUUUAAAAUCUAUCAAUUUGUUCCUACCGGAGUGGAAUGCAAAUUCAUUCAUCUUGCAAUACAGCAUAUUUUCUCUAGAAUCGCAUGAUGUUAAUGUCACAUUUUUUUACGUUCCUCAAAUUGUCCAAUGUCUUAGAUAUGACCGUUCUGGUUACGUUGAGAAGUUAAUUCUAGAUACUGCGAAAAUCAGCGUUUUAUUUUCACAUCAAAUUAUUUGGAAUAUGUUGGCCAACUCCUAUAAGGGAGAUGAGGGUGUAAUUGAGGACGAAAUAAAGCCAAGAUUGGAUCAUGUUAGAAAAAUGAUGUUAUCAACUUUUAGUAAAUCUCAUUAUGGCUUUUAUAAGAAAGAGUUUGAUUUUUUCAAUGAGGUGACAGGUAUUUCAGGUAAAUUGAAACCAUUUAUUAAAAAAAGUAAGGCUGAAAAAAAGCAAAAGAUUGAUGAAGAAAUGAGUGUGAUCAAAAUCAAACCAGACGUCUAUUUACCAUCAAAUCCAGAUGGUGUGGUAAUUGACAUAGACCGUAAAAGUGGGAAGCCAUUGCAAUCUCAUGCUAAAGCACCCUUUAUGGCUACGUUUAAGAUAAAAAAAGAGAUAUUGGAUUCCGAUACUGGUGAAAAGAAAGAAAUAGAAAAAUGGCAGAGUGCCAUUUUCAAGGUCGGUGAUGAUUGUAGACAAGACGUUUUAGCUUUACAGCUGAUUUCUUUAUUUAGAUCAAUCUGGUCCAAUAUCGGUUUGGACGUUUAUGUCUUUCCUUACCGUGUUACGGCUACUGCACCAGGUUGUGGUGUUAUUGAUGUGCUACCAAAUUCUAUAUCCCGUGAUAUGCUGGGUAGAGAAGCAGUCAAUGGUCUUUAUGAAUACUUUAUUAGUAAAUUUGGUCCAGAAGACACCAUUGAAUUCCAAAAUGCAAGAAGCAAUUUUGUCAAGUCACUAGCAGGCUAUAGUGUCAUUUCCUAUUUAUUGCAAUUCAAAGAUAGACACAAUGGUAAUAUCAUGUAUGAUGAUGAAGGGCACUGUUUACAUAUUGAUUUCGGCUUUAUUUUCGAUAUCGUGCCAGGUGGUGUCAAGUUUGAAGCAGUUCCUUUCAAAUUAACAAAGGAAAUGGUCAAAGUUAUGGGAGGAUCCAAUCAAACAGCAGCUUACUAUGAUUUCGAGGAAUUAUGUAUCAAAGCUUAUUUAGCAGCUAGGCCUCAUAUGGAUGCAAUCAUUGAAUGCAUUGAGCCAAUGUUAGGCAGCGGUUUACCAUGCUUCAAAGGUGCUAAAACGAUUAAAAACUUACAAACAAGAUUCCAGCCCCAAAAGACUGACCACGAAGCUGCAUUAUAUAUGAAGGGCCUUAUCAAGAAAAGUUUUGAAAGUAUGUUCACAAAGGGUUACGAUGAGUUCCAGAGAUUAACAAAUGGCAUCCCCUAUUAA